AGUUCCAACACGGGCGUUUCUUUCCCGGGGAGCGCCGCCACCGCUCGGCCGGAUCCCUCACCGCCAUCUCGUUUGGGCGGACUCGAAGCCUCCCGCCGGGGGCUGGCCCGCAGCAAGGCCCCGCGCGGCGUGGGCGGGAGUCCGCGGGCAGCUGCUGGGGAGGACCGGAGCCGGGUGCGGCGACGCUGGGAGGGCAGGAGAGGCGCGGGCCCAGGACGGCGGAGGCCAAACAUGGCGGCCGGGCCGGCCGCAGAGCUUGGAGGGGAAACCGAGGACCGGCGGCUAACUCGGGACGAACGCAGCCCGCGUCCGCCAUCUACUUCCGGGAGCUACACCGGUGUCCGGAAGCCAGGACGGCGUCCCCAUGACAACCGACGUUGGGUCUCGGAGGCGCGAGUGCUUGGGCCCUUGUCUUAGAGCAAGGAAAACAACUCCCAUUUGAGGAACUAGUGCUUCUUCCUCAGUGCUGGGGAGAAAACCCGGAGCUGUCUUCUGGGGAACUGUGGAAUGUGCCCCUGGGGGCCCAGUAAAGCAGAAGGAAGAUGCUGCAGACCAGUAACUAUAGCCUGGUGCUCUCCCUGCAGUUCCUCCUGCUGUCCUAUGACCUCUUUGUCAAUUCCUUCUCGGAGCUGCUCCGGACGGCUCCCGUCAUCCAGCUGGUGCUCUUCAUCAUCCAGGAUAUCGCAAUCCUCUACAUCAUCAUCAUUUUCCUCAUGUUCUUCAAACACCUUGUCUUCCAGGCUGGCUUGGUCAACCUCCUGUUCCACAAGUUCAAAGGGACCAUCAUCCUCACAGCUGUUUACUUCGCCCUCAGCAUCUCCCUUCAUGUCUGGGUCAUGAACUUACGCUGGAAAAACUCCAACCGUUUUGUCUGGACAGACGGACUUCAAACGCUAUUUGUAUUCCAGAGACUAGCGGCAGUGUUAUACUGUUACUUCUACAAACGCACAGCUGUGAGACUGGGUGAUCCUCGCUUCUACCAGGACUCUUUAUGGCUGCGCAAGGAGUUCACGCAAGUCCAAAGGUGACCGCUGCUUGUCACACUGAUGGAUGCCUUUCCCUCCUGACAGAGGCUACAUUUGUGCCUCUGUGAGGUGGGGGUUGGCUCUGCACAGGAAGCACCUUGACUUUCCUACGACGGGCCAUUUAACGUUCAACAGUCAAGAAGGAAGAUCUUCCCUCUUGCAAAUUAAAGUGUUUCCCAAUACAGGCUUCAGUAAAAAACCCUCCCUGGCCUUCAUACCCUCAGUUCUGCCCCUUUCCUACUCUCUACCCCUCUUCUCACAUAAGGCUGUGAGGCUUGAUCCUUGGGAAGCUGUCACUUAGCCUAGUACAGGAGGGGCUCCUGGCACCUGUUUCUUUGCACCAAACGUAAUUAAUGGAUGCAAAGAGUGACAUUUCUGAACUCCUGACUGAUCACACUGGAGAUAUUUAGAUUUUAUAACCAAGGCAUUUUUUUUUUUACAUUUUAUAAAUAGGAAAUAAAUUGAAUUCUUUUUCCAUAAAUGGUGGAGUCUGUUUGUGUAGCUAGAUCUCUUUGCAGAUAAGAGGCAUGUCAGGUCCUGGCCUUAGCAUUUACUUGACCCAGUGGGCAGCUUGAGCCACAGAACAAAUAAAGAUAUUUAUUGAAUGCCA